GUUAGAUCAACUGGGUGCUUGAUAUUUAACUAUAUGGAGGCUAUCUUUACAUCGCACGUGAUAUCGUAAUGGUCAUAAGAGGGGCCGGAUGGUGUAAAGCGGCUCGCUUGCUUUACCGUCAGAUCAAAUCGUAAACAGUGCUGACCACACGUGAGCAGCGAAAGUGUUAACAUAGAUGAUUUGUAAAUAAAAUGAAAACAAAAGGACUUAUUGAUAUUUAGGAUGUUAACUGACUAGUGUAUUAUAAAAUUUUAAAUAUUUAACGUGUGAAAACUAGUGUAGUGUUUACAAAGCGAUGGCGGUUUCGCAUCAGUGGUUCGUACAAUGGUCCCCGCCUUCUGUGAUCUUUGCGGAUAUUUCAAGACAAUACGAGCACGUGAAUUCGAACUGGAAUCAUCAUAAUCACUAUGGUCGCAUUGCCUACAAUCCUCUGGACGCACAAGUUGCGGUACUAAAUAACUAUCGUGAAAAUCAGAUACAACAGCAGAGAGCGAACAGCGUGAAGAAAUACGAUAGACAACGUUCAUUAAACGUUACCGAUCGCAGUCGCCCCGCAGCGGUGACACUAUGGCUGGCGAUGCUAGGGCUCGCGCGGCCGCAGUCGGUGCCCGCGGAUACCGAUACGCCACCCUUCGGCACGCUCUACAAGUGGAAGACCAUAGACUUUGAGUUCCCCAGCGUACAGCAUAGACGCAGAGCACUCAUCUCCAGAUCAUACAUCCCGUCUAACGUGCUUCCCCUUGGUUUGGAGGUGUGGGGCUCGCGCGUGUGGGUAACGUUACCGAGCUGGCGCCGCGGCGUCCCCGCCACGCUCGCAACAGUCUCACGCGGCGGCGGCGUCACCUCCCCUGCCCUCAAGCCCUACCCUGACUGGAACUAUCAUCGAGCAUUUAGUGAUGACGUUAACUGUUUUGGCUUAACGUCGGUGUUUCGAGUGAGUGCGGACCAGUGCGGCAAACUGUGGGUUCUCGACUCAGGGCAGAUUGACUCGCAGGACAGUCCCAAGCAAAUAUGUCCACCGAGCGUAGUCGUCUUCAACAUGCAAACCGACUCCAUGAUAGCAAGAUAUCCGAUCCCCGAUGAAUAUGUCCUACAAGACUCAUUGUUCUCUAACAUAAUUGUCGACAGUAGACAAGAAGAUUGUUCAGAUCUCCAUCUAUAUAUAGCCGAUACCUGGAGAUUUGGUUUACUCGUCUUCAGACAUAGUGAUCAAAAAUUUUGGAGAUUUUCUCACCACCUUUUCUAUCCUGAUCCAUUGGCAUCAAAUUAUACGCUGCACGAUCUAAACUUCCAAUGGGCUGACGGCAUCUUUGGACUCGCUCUAUCACCGAUUAAUAAUGUUGAAGACAGGACACUGUAUUUCCAUUCCAUGUCGAGCUACCGCGAGUUUUCAGUGACGACGGACGUUCUACGCCAGCCUGCGCGUGUGAAUGACAGCGCUAAUGCUUUUAAAAUAGUUGGUGAUAGCCGUGGACUGCUCGGACAGUCGUCAGCCUCCGCUAUGGAUAGAAACGGAGUCAUGUUUUAUGGGUUGGUAUCAAAAGAUAGUAUCGGUUGCUGGGAUUCUCAGAAGCCGUACAAUAAGAAGACCAUGGGAGUCGUGGCUAUGAAUACGGAAACGCUAGUGUUCCCCAAUGAUAUAAAAAUUGAUCACGAGCAGCAGCAGAGUGUGUGGGUAAUAUCAAACCGGCUCCCGAUGUUUCAAGAUGGCAGUUUAUCCGAUGACGAUUACAAUUAUAGAAUAAUGUACGUGGACACAACACAAGCCGUGCAAGGCACAAUUUGUGACCCGCAACUGCAAUUGCCUCCUUAUUCUCCGCUUGUAACAAACGAAUGGUUGCCAUAAUAAUAUGUAUCUACUUAAUUAGCUAGGAGUACCGUAAUAGUGAUAUUUUAGUAUUAAAUUUUUUAAACAAA